AUGAGGAGGCUGAAGCCCAGCUUGCUGCGGGCGCUGGCGGCCCUCGCCCUGCUGGUGUGCAGCGGCGUCGCCACCGAGCUGCCGCCGACCGCGACCACGACCGCGACCACGACGGCCACGACCACGACCGCAGAGCCGCUCGAGGACUGCGAGUGCUGGUGGGAGGCGCACGAGCCCGGCCUGCCGCAGAAGCACUGCCGCUGCUCCGCGCACAUCCAGCACGGCAUUCACCCCGAGCCACACACCCUGACGCUGUCGAUCCCGGACAUGCACAGCCUGCGCAAGGACGCGCUGGCGCCGUACCGCUCGCAGCUCACCGACGUCGUCCUGACGGAGAUGCGCCAGCUGACCACGGUGGAGGUUGGCGCGUUCAACGACAUGCCCCUGCUACGUACCAUCUACAUCUCCGAGGCGCCGGCCCUGACGCAGCUGCCAGAAUGCCUGUUCUGCGACACGCCCGCCGGAUUCCGUUCGCUGCGCGUGGUGCGGACGGGUUUGGAGUCGGUGCCCGACCUCACGGGGCUGAGCCGCGCCGCCGUCGUACACAUGGUAGACCUGGAGAGCAACAAGAUUGGUGACCUGCAGCCAAAUUCUGUUUCAGUGGAGACAGCGCAAUUGAUCCUCAAUUAUAACUCCAUAGAAGCCGUGCACGGAUGGGCUUUCAAUGGCUCGAAGAUCGCUGCUUUGAGCCUCAAAGGCAACUGGCAGCUGUCUUACCUGCACGAGCACGCCUUCAGCGGCAUCCACAGCCUCGCCGACUUGGACCUGUCGCAGACGGCCAUCACGCAGCUGCCCACCAGCGGCCUGGGGGAGCUCCACCGGUUGCGGCUGGAAGAGGCGCCCCAUCUCACCACCAUACCCUCCGUCUACAGCUUCAGGCACCUUCGGGAAGCAUGGCUGACGUACAGCUUCCAUUGUUGCGCCUUCAAGUUUCCAGCCAGGCACGAUCCUGAGAAGCACAAGGCUUACAUGGCGAUGAUGCGCAACUACUGCGGCGCCGACUUGGACGACACGGGCCAGGCCGGCGCGUCUGCGGCGACCACCGAGGGGGAGCUGAGGUGGCGGCGCGACACGGACCACGACGGGGACUUCGGGGAGUUCGGCAGCUUCCAGGGGGGCGACCUGCACGAGGACCACGGCGACUUCUCGCAGACCACGGCGCGCAUCCCCGACACGCGCAUACACGCCCUCUGCGGAAACCUCUCGCGCAGUUCGGUGGCGGUGCGGUGCACGCCCGAGCCGGACGCGCUGAACCCGUGCGAGGACAUCAUGGGCCUGCCGUGGCUGCGCGGCUGCGUCUGGGUCGUGGUGACGGCCGCGCUGCUGGGCAACGCCGCCGUGCUGCUCGUGCUGCUCUGCUCCGCCUCGGACCUCACCGUGCCCAAGUUCCUCAUGUGCCACCUGGCCACCGCAGACUUCUGCAUGGGCCUCUACCUGCUCGCCCUCGCCGCUAUGGACCUCAAGUCCAUGGGCUUCUACUUCAACUACGCCUACUCCUGGCAGAUCGGUGCGGGCUGCCAGGUGGCGGGCUUCCUGACGGUGUUCGCCAGCCAGCUGUCGGUGUACACGCUGUCCGUGGUGACGCUGGAGCGCUGGUUCGCCAUCACUUACGCCAUCUACCUCAACAAGCGGCUGUCGCUGCGCGCCGCGGCGCAAGUCAUGGCUGGGGGCUGGCUGUACGCGCUCGGCGUCGCCACACUGCCGCUGGUCGGCGUCAGCAACUACUCCAGCACCAGCAUCUGCCUGCCGAUGGAGGCGCGGCGCGCGGGCGACGUGGCCUACCUGGUGGUGCUGCUGGCGGGCAACGGGCUGGCCUUCCUCAUGGUGGCCGUCUGCUACGCGCAGAUCUACGCCUCGCUGGGCCGCGACACGCGCCACGCCGCGCCGCGCUCCGGCGAGCUCACCGUCGCCAACAAGAUGGCGCUGCUCGUCUUCACGGACUUCGCCUGCUGGGCGCCCAUCGCCUUCUUCGGCCUCACGGCCGUCGCCGGCUACCCGCUCAUCGACGUGACGCGCUCCAAGAUCCUGCUCGUCUUCUUCUACCCGCUCAACUCGUGCGCCAACCCCUACCUGUACGCCAUCCUCACGGCGCAGUACCGCCGGGACCUCGUCAUACUGCUCGCCAGGUACGUGGCUGCGCUUCCGUUCGGGCAAUACACCACAAGGUAACAUUGUAGUUUGGAAUUUCAC